UCUUUCUCUCUUACUCUCUCUCGCUCUCACCACACGGCACAUAUGCAGUUCUGUUAGUCGGCUUGUGGCGAAAGAUUCCUGUGGCACUCUCAAACCCCAAAUUCUUGGUUGCAGACAGUCUAUGUAGUUUCUCUAUUUCUCUUUCUCUGACUGUCGUUCUCUCAGGCUGAAGUCGGUGAGGCGACGGAGAGGCCAGCUCUUUUCCCUCCCGAGCGGGACACAUGGCUUCAAACAGCAUCUUCGACACAUUCUCCAGCUACUCGCCCAGUUUACUGCGAGACCCGAGCACGAGCAGACGGUUCACGCCGCCCUCCGCUUCGUUCCCGUGCGCUAAAGUGCCCGAAAGCCCGAGUAUGACCGCACCGGGGCCGCUGCGGCCCGGCCGGCCGCUGGAGAGCCGCUCCGUGGUGGACGUUCUGGCGGAUCACGCCGGAGAGCUGGUGCGGACCGACAGCCCCAACUUUCUCUGCUCGGUGCUGCCGUCGCACUGGAGGUGCAACAAAACGCUGCCCGUGGCUUUUAAGGUGGUGGCUCUGGGUGACGUUCCUGACGGGACCCUGGUCACGGUGAUGGCUGGAAACGAUGAGAAUUAUUCCGCGGAGCUGAGAAACGCGUCUGCCGUCAUGAAGAACCAGGUGGCGCGAUUCAACGACCUGCGCUUCGUGGGCAGGAGCGGCAGAGGAAAGAGCUUCACUUUGACCAUCACUGUGUUCACUGGACCACCCCAGGUCGCCACAUACCACCGCGCGAUUAAAGUCACCGUGGAUGGACCUCGAGAACCGAGACGUCACCGCGUGAAGCCGGACGACCCUCAUAAGCAGUACACCGAUCGCCUGAGUGACAUCGAGCGUUUCCAGAGGGCCAGUCUGAGAAUGAACCCUGGCAACGGGACCGCCCGCUCCCACCAGACCCAUUACAACCCCUCCAGCACCACACAGAUACCAGCAUUAUGGCCAGAUCAGAUUGACCCUCCUGCACUGAAGACUUGCAAAGUUGAAGACGACUUACGCUGGUCAAGUACGGAUCUGUUCCCUCAGAGGACGUCCUUCCCGUCUCUAUCUCCAUUAACAGCUCCUCGGUUCUCAGAUUCACACAUGCAUUAUCCGGGUCCCUUCACCUACUCUGCAAACCCGUCCAGCACCGGAAUCGGUGGUCUCAGCGUGGCCGGGAUGCCCACCUCCAGCCGCUACCACACCUACCUGCCUCCUCCAUACCCCGGCAACCAGAACCAGAACUCCCACUUCCAGACCAACUCCUCGCCGUACCACCUGUACUACGGCACCGGAUCCGGCUCCUACCAGUUCUCCAUGGUUCCCACCGGCGGCACCGGAUCGGGAGGUGACAGGUCGCCCACCCGCAUGCUGACGUCCUGCACCGCGGCCGGCGGGGCCGGGGGCACGGCGGGCGGAAACAACAGCCUGCUCAACGCCAGCCUCGGCAACCAGAGCGACGGCGUGGAUGCUGACGGAAGCCACAGCAACUCGCCCACAGCCAUGAGUGCGUCCACACGCAUAGACGAGUCCGUCUGGAGGCCUUACUGAGAAAACAGGAGACUGAGAGAAGUCGCUGAAGUUUAGAGUAGAGCUGAAAAUCUUGCAUGUUUGAUCGUUCUGUAUCUUCUAUGACAUGUCGAUUGCUUCUAAGACCACCAAAGUGAACCCGCGAGAAAAUGUGUCUGGACAGAAAUGGACCUCCGCUGAUCAAAACUGAAGGAGGACAGAAGUCUCACAGGAAAAUGAGGUGUAUAUAGAAAGAUUAUAAUUACGAAAAGGCAUCCCAUAGUAAUAUAUCAGCAACUUUUCUUACCAAAAAAGCUGAAAAACCAAAGAGAACACGAGCCUGUAUCUGAAAAAAGCCAAUUUAUCCAGCCUUACAAACCAAUCUGCCUGAACGCUGUAAAUCCCAGAGUGCUUCGCAACCAUGAAAGCAUGUCGUGCAGACAAUAUGAGAAAGCUUCACAGAGCUGCAAGACUGUGGGACUUUUAAUGUGUAAAUACGACAAUGAACAAAAAUGUUACCCACAAGUUUCAGGUACUUUCCAAACUUGCCGAAAUAGUCUUGAACUGGUGAGAUGUGAUCAAGCGUGGAGCUUUGUGAGAUGCAAUGUCAAUUUCAUAGAAACAGAUUUUAGGGUGAAUAUCACUGAACCUGCCAGGAACAUAUUCAGGUCAUAUUUAAUGAGUAAUUACAUUUUGCAUGAAGAAAAUGAUGCUAAUUGUUUUUUUAAUUUUUUACAAACAUUCGUUUUUGCAUUUUUCAUUGUGGCAUUGUUUUCAUCGAAAUGAAGCGCAUUUGACCCCUAUUAUUGUAGCGCAAUAAAAUAAUGAUAUAUUAUUUCAUUUGCAAAUCAUCUAAAUUUACAUAAACAUAGCAUCGUUUUCAUUAUGCAAAAAUAUUUUUUGCUUUUAUUUUAGGGUGAAAUGUGAUCUGGAUGAGCUUUCAUGAGAUUCACCCUUUAGCUGCGGGUCCUCGAUUUGUUGAAACGCAAAACAGUGUCUAUAAUCCAAAGACAGACAGGUGUUUGAUUUUUUUUUUCCUCGCUUCAUGCCAAAAUCACGAACAAUUUAUUCGUCUCUGAACUUGUGGAGACUUGCCUUUUUUGGAAUAGUUUUUAGAGUAUUUUUUUUUCUCAGUGUUGAUCGCUUUUUAUGACUUUCUUCAGACUAUUCGUUUGAGCUCAGUUUUCUGGUUUGUGUGUUUUUUUUAUUUUUAUUUGAAUUUUUUUUUUUUUAUUUAUUCGAGCCAAAGAGAAUGCGUUCCUAUUUUGGAUCGUUUCCGGGUCAUAAACAUUUCCAGUUUUUGUUUUCGGUCUCUUUUUUUUUUUCCAAUCUUUUGGAUUUUCUUUGUUUUAAUAUAAAAUUGGAAUUUGUGCUACUGUAAUAUAUUCUUUCUAAAUUAUACAAAAGUUUUAACGUAAUGCCUAUGUUUUCCAAUGCAGCUUUAAUGCACUAAAACAUUUAUUUAAGAGGUUAUAUGUCCUUGUUAAACCACAUAAUAGAGACAUUCUUAUACCAGAUUGAAUUCCACAUGAUAUUUAGUCAUGUGCCUGAAAGGCCUCAACCAUCGCAAGCCAAAGAAUCCAACAAUCACCUGUUGUCAUUCCACGUCUCUAAAGUGUGAAAAAUAUGUUGCUCUAAGCACCUACAUUAUGUGUCUAUUUUUCUUACCUUGUUCUUGGAAUGACUGAAAUCGGAGACAAUAAUUGGUGCACGUUUGAAAGCAGAUCGUCUGUGAUUAUUUGAAUAACAAAACCAUGCACAAGCUCAUACAAGGGGGUAAAGUGGCCGUGACACACACACACACACACAUACAUCCGCGUAACAGGUGUAAGUGAAUAUUUCAGCACAUAACCCAGAGGUUUUUUCCCAUGCUCACACCUGCUGCCAUCACCUGAGGGCCGAGGGCCCCAAAAGAGCAAAGGAAACAGGUAGAAAGAUGGAUGAAGAGAGACGUAUCUCCUUUCGCAAUCGCUGGUCAUCCUUCAGGCCUUGUUAUCCAAGCAGAAGUGCCCGUGUUCAGUUUGAUUCACGGCCGCUUUGAUGCCUUUAUGUGGGCGGUUAUUUUCCUUCCCAUUGUGCCUCUGCUUGAUUAAGGCCCCAAGCUGCAGGCUACAGGAAAGAUGGGUUUAAAUGGGAGCUGGUCUAGUUACACCGAUUCUCUCCUGCAAAGACUUCUGGGUAAUAGAAACCCUGGGUAAACUAUUGCUUCUGUGUCGUAUGGUGAUUCUCUCUCAGUGCCUCGGUCUGGAUCUACUAACGUCUGUGGAUAUCAAAUCCUGUUCGGUGUAACGGCUUUAUUUCAAGUUUGAUUGUCGAUUAUGGAUCACGAAUCCAAAUUAAGAUUUGCUGCCCCAAAAUCAGACCCAAAACACAUCUAUUUAUUUCCGCUGUAUCAGUACUGAUUGCGCGUUGCGUUGAUAUCAAGGUUCUGUUUCAAAACCUAACUUUUGAAAAUAAAGGUUCUUUACUGGCAUCGAAGGUGAAGAAACAAAAAAAUCGGAAAACGUCCUUUAGAUCAUUAAAAACGUCUUUGACUACGAGUUAAAAAAAAACUAUUUGCUGAAAAAUUCUUCAGGAAAGCAAAAAACGUUUUUAUAUGCAAUUCAGCAAAACACCCUUUUAGAACCUUUAUUGUUAAGAGUGUAGUGCGCUCCCUAUGUAGGCAGCACAGAAUCUGUUCCAAAGAAGUAAGCGGUGUAAACACGCCUGUGGGUUUCUCCCUGUGUGAAAGCGUUCUGAAUCAGUCACUUGUUUGAAGGCAGAAGCCUAUGUAAGCAGCUGCAGGUUUUGAAACACAACCCAAAUGUUGCCAGUGAAGUGAAUAUCACUGAAGGCACUCAUCAGUCGGUGGUGUUUGUAAAAUGCACAGGUCCUAAAAGAGCUAAAAAGCACAACACACUCCUGUUGAACAAAUUGUCUUUUUCACUCGUUGUACGUUUGUAAUUUUGGUUCCCGAAAUACGCUCUUUUGUUCCUUCAUUGUGUGCUAAUGAUGUAGUUUUUUAUGCAUUUUAAUUAAAAAAAGAUCAGGA